UAAUUUGUUGGUGGGUAAACUUGAACAGUUUAACUUUCGCUCGUCCUAAGCAACAUUCUUGGACUGGGAGUCUUCGCUCACAACGAACACCAUGCUGACUCCGGCGAUUGCCAACCUUCUGGCGCAUUUCUAUCCCAUCGGCAACACGCCCGCUGUAUGCUUGACACAAAAUCUGCCCCCCGAAAAACAGGCCGACAUUCUCUUACUUGGUUGCGGAGAUGUCCGCAGCAUCCUGUUCACCGCGCACUCUGAUGGCCGCCCAAUGGACAUCACAUGCUGUGAUGCCGAGAGAGCAAUUCUAGCUCGAAACAUCCUUCUCCUGUCUCUGAUCAUCGAUGACCCAGCCGGCCAGAAAGACGAUGACAACUGGGACAUCUACUACCACUUGCACCUCUGCCCAGCUUCCUUCGAGCGGCUCCAAGCGCAGGCGAAGAAGCUACAUGGCCUGGCCUCUUCCAUGGAAACCUGGCGUCGUGGCGAGUACGGGAAGCAUAUCAAGUUCUGCGACCGCGGAACACUGACCAGAGUCGCCGAGAUUUGGCGCUCAUACUUCUUCAACAGUGGCGAGACGGCACGGCGCAGGCUGGAGGAGUCUUUCAAGGCCGCGAUCGAGAAAAGCAGGAAGAUGAAAGACGAUGUGGGCGCGAAAUUCAGUCUCAGUUGUCUCCGAUCUGCGGCUCCCACGCUAGGCGACGCUGCCGAGUUGAACGACCUACACCAAUUCUUCUGGAAGAAUGGCAUCACCGACAUGGAUGCGACGGCCGUCUCGCGGACUACCCAUCCGAAUCCCAUGUUCGUCUCCCCAGAUGCCGCCGUUACGCUCCACUACGGCACCGACCCAUUGCUCGGCUUCCAUAUCUCGAUCGCCUACGCUCCGCUGUCGGCCAAAUCGCCUUUAUUUCAGCCGGCGAGCGGGACAUCCAGCGUCAAAAAUCCGGUGAAGGCUGCCCGCGCUGAGUGGAGCAUGUGGUCGAAGUCCUUUAGAGCCGCACUGAGCGGUUUGACAAUCCGUUUCUUUGCCGGAGACGCGAUUGCGCUUUCCCACACCUUGCAAUGCCGGCGGGCCACGGGGGACGCCAAGUCUGCGUGCUGGUAUCGCCAUCGGCAGGACAUGGAUCCGUUGAUUCUGGACGAAGACGACUACGGCCCAGAGGGUUCAGCGCCGCUCUUGUUCACCGUCAUCGAUACAUCCAACCUUUCCGACCAUCUGGGCGCUCUCAACGUCCUGACUGCCACUUCGCCGCUACUGAGUGGUGGACCUGCAGCCACUCUCUACACGGAAGUUCUUGUAAAACAAGGAAAGUCGCUUCAGGACCUUGUCGACGAUAUGCUCUGUGGCCACCUUUCGACCAUGGCUCUUCUUCUGGGCUUGUUUCCGUUGGAUUACUGGACCAACGCUUCGCCAGCAUCGGCUGGACAGGAAGCGCUCUUGGACUUCGUCGCCCGUGGGGGCAAACCGGAUUUCGGGAUCGGGCAGUCGUUUGUCAGAAUCGCAUGGAAACGUCCCUUCGCCCAAGGCGGGACAACAUCAUCAUCGCCCCUGCUGCUCCAGGCUUUACGCCUCGAUGAAGGGACCCUGGCUGAGGUCCUGUAUCGUGUUUAUCAGCGGAUGUUCAGCGGGGAGGACCUCUCGCACUUGUUCUCCAUCGCUGGCAACAUCGCGACAUUGCGUAAGUUCUCGCUGCCGCAAUACACCAGAGUGGGCUUCGUUUCGUUCCUUCGUCUUGUCAAGAGCCGUGUUCUCGUUGAUUGGGGCAAGACAAUGAACGUUCUCCUGGCCAGCAUCGAGAACGACAGAAGUCUCCUCAUGGGAAUGAACUACAUCCAAGAACUCUACCUUUACAUGCAUCUGCUCGACGUCCAUACGGUGGAUAUUCUAAAGAGACGCUACAACACCGGCGGAUCCUCUUCUUUGCACGUCGGAAACUUGCUCGACUGGGCGGACAUACCCCCUGUGGUAUCCGUCACGCUGAAAGUGCCGCGAGCAAAGCUAGCACUGUUCACAGAUGGCAAAAUAAAAAGCACCAGCACGCCACCGCUCCAUUGCCUAGUGCAAAGCCCACCUGCAUCCAAGUCAGGGGCGUGGCAAAACAUCUUUGCGGCGGUUCAAAUCGGCUUCGGGCAGUUAUCCACGAGCGGCUCGAGACAAGGCGGCGACUUCAAAUUGCACCUGACUGACGACCCGCUUGGCUGGCAGGGCGAGUCGCCGCUCUUCGCGUCGUUCAAAUGUCCAACCUGGGUGCUUCUGCUGGAGCCGCAAACCGCCAUGGUAGCCUUCGGAAUCCAGAGUACGCCUGCCACAGCCUCCCAAUUCCUCGGCCGCCUGGGGGUUGAUAUGAACGUCUUCGGGACGACUCUGGGCGAUGCUGAACACGUGUACUUCAGCAAAGAUCUUCCAAAUCAAACGGGAAGAAUGUCAGUCUGCGGAUUUGCUGAAGCUGAUAUGGUCAGUCCGGGACUCUCAAAGACCGGAGCUGAGACCUCUAUCGUCGCCAGCAUCUGCUCGGCGACGGGGAAAGUCUCCUCCCUGACGGGCCGUAUCGACUUCAUCUCUGGUGACCUGAAGUCAGCGCUACAAGGUGGCUGCCAAGUCCAAACGACCCCCUCAUCACCCUGCGAGUUUGCAAUCUCAGUCGGCAAAGCCCCUCCCCUCAAACUGCGCUUCCCGGUCCCCUUGAUGCCGUCGAAAUGCAAGACGCGAGUAGCACGCAAGUCAUCCUACAUCGAAGUCGUCGUGCCAGCGGUGACAUCCCCGUCUCAAACCCCCUCUGAGGCUCUCACAUACCCCGUCCUCCUCGACAGCGACGGCCUCCCAACAGCCUGCAACAUGCCCUACCUCAACCUCGAACGCCUUCCCAUCAUCGACACCACCCAGCACCCCAACCUGCGGCGAUGGAUGACCCCUCACGUGUCCGGGAUGCUCUCAGCUCGCGAGCGCCGUCUGCGCGACGACCCAUCCUUACCCCGGUCAGCAGCGGAACAGACGCGCCUCGACUUCAAGGACUCGCUCUUCUCGCUCCUCAUGCACUAUACGGGCCUGCAGGGCGGCCGCAAGGCGCACAUCUUCGGCCUGAGCAACCCGUCCAACGGCGGCGUGCACAUCCUGCUUUUUGUGUCGGCCCUGCGCCUAGACCUGGCCAACCGCACCGUGGUGCUGGACGUGGCGGCCCUGCCGCUCUAUGACGCGCUGAUGCCGCGCAUCGCCGGGGCCCUGGGUGCCCUGAGAAAGCAGGGGGUUGUGGUUGUGCAGGUCAAAGUCGAUGAUGCGGAGCUGAGGCUGUGGAAAUACGUCCUCCCGGCGUGUGUCGAGCGCUGUCGGACUACUUGGGCGCACCGCGGCGGCGGUGGAGGGUGUGAGUAUUAUGCCGGGGUCGGAGGCCCGCGGGCUCCGCCGCUGGAGGUUGAGAAUGGUCGGCCGCUGCUUUGUACGUGUGGAAAUGGGGUCUUUCCGGAUGGGUUUCUUGGGGAAGGAGGACCCAAUGGUGUUCCGCAGUGGCGGAGCGUGGCGAAAUAUGCAGUGCGCGCGGCGCUUUCGCCGGCGUUUUUCUGUCCGCUUGUUGAUGAGCUCGAUUCGUUUCUUGAUGAGAUGCGCGAUAAAAUUGAUCCUUUCAAAAAAGAGGAGCAGGAGGAGGAGGAGGAGGAGGAGGGCAGUGGCUCGCAGACUCAAAAGGGGGGUUGUCGCGUCUGCGGCGCGGAUAAGGCCAAGGACGGUGGUGGUGGUGUUAGUGGUGGUGCCUUGCGCGCGUGUGCGCGGUGUCGGAAGGUUAAGUAUUGCUCGAGGGAGUGUCAGCGGGCGGACUGGAAGGCGCAUAAGGGGCAGUGUGUUGAGGAGACCUGAGUGAGGUAUGGAUGGAUGCCAGGAAUACCGAAGAGUG